AUGUCUCUGAACGGAAAAGUUGCAAUUGUUACCGGAGCGUCAAGAGGUUGUGGCAGAGGAAUCGCUCUGCAGUUGGCAGAAGCCGGAUGUACCUUGUUCAUAACUGCACGUUCUCCGGAAAAAAGUCUCUCUUCCCAGUUCACGUAUCUUCCAACUCUUGAAUCUACUGCUGAGGAAUGUAGAAAACGCGGUGGUAUUUGUUAUCCUCACUACAUCGACCACAGCAACAUGACUGAAGUUGAAGAGUUUUUUGAGGAAGUCGCAAGAUUUACAAACAAUCAGUUGGAUAUUCUUGUGAAUAACGCAUUUUCUGCUGUAACGAAAUGUGGAUCUGGUGACACCCGAAAAUUCUUCGAGAAAGACCCAGAAAUCUGGGAUGACAUCAACAAUGUUGGUCUUCGCAACCAGUAUUACUGUAGUGUGUUCGGAACAAGAGUCAUGAACAAGAAUGGGAUGAAAGGACUGAUUGUGAACAUCAGCUCACUGGGUGGAAUCAUGUACCUCUUCAAUGUUGCAUACGGUGCUGGAAAAAUGGCAAUCGACCGUAUGUCUUCCGACAUCGGCCAUGAACUGCGAGACACUGAUGUUACCGUAAUUUCUCUCUGGCCAUCAGCAGUUCGGACUGAACUCAUCAUUAAUAUGCUCGAAACAUCUGCUGGAUCUUGGGGAAAGACAGAGAAUCAAAUGUUCUUGAAUGGAGAGUCAAUCGAAUACUGUGGAAAGGCAGUUGUUGCACUUGCUUUGGAUCCUGAUAAAAGAGUUUGGAAUGGUUCAACAUUGAUUACCACUGACAUGGGAAACUAUUAUUCCUACACUGACAUUGAUGGACGUGUUCCGACUAAUAUGCGAUCCCUUCGAGGACUUCUUAUGUUGGCUGGCUACCAAACAAUGGCUAGUUGGUGUCCGGUCUGGGUGAACCUUCCUGGUUGGGCACUCACUCUCUGGCAAAACAAAAUUAAUCAUUAA